AUCGACCAAUGUGUUAUAUCUGCAAUUCAAGUACUACCACACGCAACACACCACGCCCUAAAUUAGCAGCUGAUAUUCCAUUAGUUCGACCGGCCGGAAGAUGAGCUCCUCCGUCGAUGCUGUGGCCUGUGGCAGCGGCGGGGAGAAGACGUCGUGGCCGGAGGUGGUCGGGCUGUCCGUCGAGGCGGCGAAGAAGGUGAUCCUCAAGGACAGGCCAGACGCCGACAUCCACAUUGUGCCUGUUGGCUCGAUGGUCACCACCGAUUUCAUCCCUAACCGUGUCCGCGUCUUCGUCGACACAGUCGCCGAGAUCCCCCGUGUUGGAUAGCUUAGCUAGCGCUAGCAUGGUUGAUCGAUCGAUCGAUCUCAAGAAUAAAUCUUCAACAGAGGAAUAAGUUUGUGCAUCAUAUUGUCAUGUGUGUUUGGUCGGUUAAUACAAGUAGUACGUGUUUGUUUGAUGUUCAAUCCACAGGAGUAUCAGUUUGUGUGCACAAUGUAAUCUCGUCUAGCUUGCUCUUCUUCUAAUUCCUGUGCAAUGUAAGUAAUGAAUUAAUAAUACCACUAAAUAAACACAUUUCUAAUUAA